AUGGGACAUGGUCAUAACUACAAACUAGAAAUCACUAUCAGAGGACCUAUCGAUCGGAAUACGGGUAUGGUUAUGAAUCUUGGUGACUUGAAGUCAAUCAUACAGAAGAAUGUGCUCAACUUCUUGGAUCAUAAAAAUAUUGAUGAAGACGUCGAAUACUUUAAAAAGAAUCAUAUCGUAUCAACUACAGAAAAUUUGGCUGUUUUUAUAUGGUCUCAGUUAGCCAACGCUAUACCCAACAAACUACUAUACAAGAUUAAAUUAUGGGAAACUGAAAAGAAUAUUGUCACAUACAAGGGUGAAUAG